AUGAGACAUUGGGAAGGCCAAACUUGCCCGAGCGAUUUAUUUGAGCGAACGAACGAAGACAACUACAUUCGAUUCACUUACCGUCCUUGCGGUUGCUGUUCGUACGUUGGCCGCAAAGGGACUGGACCACAAGCCAUUUCGAUCGGAAAGAAUUGCGAUAAGUUUGGUAUCGUCGUUCAUGAACUCGGUCAUGUGAUUGGUUUCUGGCACGAACAUACGAGACCUGAUCGCGACGACCACAUAGAAAUCAUAUACAAGAAUAUUCAAGCCGGUCAGGAAUACAAUUUCGAACAAAUGGACUCGAGUGAGAUCAACUCCCUUGGCGAGAAAUACGAUCACUACAAUCCCAAUACCGAUGAAUUAUGUCAGUUUGAUUAUACUUUGCCCGGCAACGUGCUCGUUAUUAUGAGUGGCUAA